AUGAUCAUUAAGAAUAGUGAGCUUUUGGAAGACAUAGAUUAUAAUUUAAAAUUAACAAAAUGGAUACUUAAGCCUCUCGGAGUUUGGUCGUUUGUUACUAGAGAUUCUAAUUUAACUAGUAAAUUAUCGUCAGUUUUAAUUAUUUUCGUAAAUUUAUUCAUAAUGUUCAUAACUUUUAUGCCGUGUUGUGUACAUAUGAUCUUCAGAGAAACUGAUCCGGCUGUGAAAAUUAUUUUAAUGGGACCUUUUGGUUUUUGUCUUACCAAUUGCUGUAAAUAUUACUUCAUAAUGUAUCGUUCUAAUAUUAUAACAAAUUGUUUAAAUCAUGUCAAAGCUGAUUGGGCUAGAGUAAAAACAGAGGAAGAUCGACAGAAAAUGAUCGAAAGUGUUAAUGUUGGUCGUAAUAUCACUAAACUAUGUGCAGUUUUUAUGUUUUCUGGCGGUGUUUCAUACCACACAUUUAUGCCUAUGUGGAAAGGUAGUACAUUAAAUGAAUUGAACGAAACAAUCCGACCGCUUGCUUAUCCAGGGAAUGAAAUUUUUUUCAACUGUCAAAAAACUCCAAUCUACGAAUUCAUUUUUUUUCUUCAUUUCACAUGCGGUAUGGUAAUGCAAACCAUUACAACAGGAGCUUGCCAUUUAGCUGCUGUAUUUGCUACUCACGCCUGUGGGCAAAUUGACAUACUUAAAUCAAAAUUAGAAAAUUUGCUAAAGAAAGAAAACUCAAAAACAAAUGAUACUAUUGAUAAUCGGAUUGCAUCUAUAAUACAAAGUCAUGUUAGAGUUUUAGAUUUCUCAAAAAGUAUUGAAAGAAUGUUACGUGAGGUUUGUCUUGUUGAAGUUGGAGCAUCAACUAUGAUUAUCUGUUUAUUGGAAUAUUACUGCAUGACAGUAAGAUUAAAA